GUCCCUUUUUCAAAACGUGAAAGUGUGAGGUGUGAACUCUGAAGUUUACUUUAGCCGCACAUUAAAUGAUUUGCAGUUGCAACGCUAGCCAUCGUUACAUCAGUAUAAACAAAGGUACAAACAAGUUACCAGCUAGAACCACACGCUUUGACAAACUUUACAAAGACGAGUGGAUUCUAUCAGAAUAUAGAAGGGUCUGACUGGUCAGGCAAACAAACAAGCGGAUUAAAUGAUUGAAACAUGGCAACAUCCGCUGAGAAACGCACCACGAUUUCAGCGAGCAGAAAAAAGCAGUUGCCAGAUCGUGAGGAUAACGCACAAAAUCUCAUCAGGACUCACAUGUUUGACAAGGAAUUCAAAGGUUACAGUAAAGUUUUACAUGGACUAUUUAAAGGACUUAUCCUCACACCAGACUUGUCUGAAAGUGAUGAAGAAGAGGUGGAGAAUCAUAGAGCCCAUGCUCUUUCAGAUUCACAGCAGCUUUUUACAGAAACAGAUGUGACCUUGCCUUCUUACUUGAAUGGGAGCCUUGGGUCUCGGGAAACUGACAGAGAGAGGGAUGGAGCUCGGCAUCUUUCUUACUUUUGCUCCUCGUCGACCUCUGGAGCAGUCAAAAUACUGCAGGAGAUGGAGACCGUCUAUGAGCAGCUUAAGACUGAGCGACAGAAGCAGCUGCAGUGGGAGGAGGAGUUAGAGCAGCGAGAGAUGAGACUGAAACAACAAGAGGAGGGUCUUCAGAAACUCUUGGGUUUAGAAGAAAUGUGCCACUCAAAAAUGCUUUCUGCAGAAGAGAAACAAAAGAAAGAGAUCCUUCACCUCCAAAAUCUACUGCGGGAAAAGACCAAAGAAAACAAGAGACUGAAGUCAAGCUUUGAAUCUCUCAAAGAUCUGAACGACAAUAUGAAAAAACGGCUAAAUGAAUUGAGUGAGCAGAACAAAAGGCUGGAGAAGCAGUCAAAGAGGGUGCAGGCCCGACUUGAAAACCUACAGAGGAAAUAUCAGCACGGUGUUGCAUUGAGAGAAUGUCAGAAAAUAAAUGACCCCCUGGAAAGGGUCAAACCUCUCGAAAAGGACAAAACCUCUGGUAAAAAUAUCAGCAAGGUUUUCCCUUCUGCAAAGCUGCUCUCUCUGCUCCUGGACUGGGUUCUUGAUGAGCAUCUCAACUCAUCAAUGGUCCCCAGUGUUAAAGAUGUGGGCCACUGUUUACCCGCAGAAAUACUACUCAACGAAAGGUGCCUCAAGGUACUGCCAUUAUUAGCAGAUCAGCUUGCCCACACACCUUUGUCGGAGCCUGUGCUCGUCUGCAGCCUCCUUCACCUUAUUCACAGGGCCCUGAGACACUUGGACAACAGUGGACAGCAUGUGGUGUUAUCAGCAACACUGAGGCGCAUCGGAGAAGAAGUCUCCAAGCCUCGGAGCCAUGUUCAGUCUCAGGAUCCAGAGACAGAGGAACUGAAUGGGCCCUGCUCUAGACAGGCUCUUUACAGAAGCCCAUGUCCCGAGACACGCAUCCUCUCUGUGCUCAUCAUACUACGCACAGUCACACAAGCUGAUGUACUGGCUCAGGUAUUGCACUCCAUGCACUCAGACCUGUUCCAUGAGGAGUGCAGAGGCCUGUUGUUACAAAAUGGAGGAGUGUCUGAGCUUCUGACAGUGCUGAGGACCGGGCGCGCAGGACUACAAGCUCCUAUCAUAGACAUACUACUGCAGCUCACUCAAGAAUCUAGCUACUAUAAGAGCUUCAUAGAGGCCUGUAGCUGUGAUGGGUUUUUCCACACGAUAUCCCAAGUUCUCAGGAGUCCUCAUUUGGAGCUGCUGCUUUUAGAAAAGCUCUGCAUCCUUCUACAGAAACUCUCCACUAUCAGAAGAAACCGCCGUCUCUUUGAGUCGUCCUCUGUCCUUGAGCAGAUUCGUGAACUUCAGCGCAGAUACGGACCCACACACACCUUUCUGUGCCUCAACCUCACCUCCAUACUCCACAAUUUACAGUGACUCAAGACUCAAGCCUAGUGCACUAUGUACAUGUGCAGGUCUGUGUAGUUGAAGACAGCUGCCUGCACUACCUCCCUAACCAUAUGUCUCUGCACAUUCUUUAUUUAUACAGUUUUUGAAGUCCUGUCUUUGUCGGAAGGGCUUUUUUACCAUUGCAUAUGUUUUGCUCUUUGAGAUCCAUCUGUUUUCAUGCUUACACAGUAUAUUCUUAUGCCUUCAUAUGGAUUUCAAAGUACCACCUUGGAUAAUGCUGUGAUUUGCCCUUCAACUUUACAUUUAAUACAGUAAAAUAAACCAGGACUGAAGCAGAUGCAGGGCUAUACCAGAAACCAGGACCAACGCUAAUCAAGGGCAAGACAAAAUAGGGACUAAACAAUGCAAACCUUAUGCUGUAAUAAACCAGGGACCGCUGCCUUAUGGGUCUGCAUUUGUCAUUUAGCCACAACCAUAAUAAACAACAACAAAGCCAUAUACUGUAUAGUAAUAGUGUUGAAAUUGUGAAAACUGCAUAUUUUUAUUUCAUAGCCUGAUUUAAUUAAUGUCAUUGAUGGGACUGAUCGCAGGCAUACUAAGGACCAAACCAGGUCUAAACCAAUACAAAAACAAGGACCAUAUUGACCAAAUUUAAACCCAUGAUUUAAAUUGCAUUAAACCAGGUCUAACCCACAUUUAUAGCAAAUCAUUUUUACAUAACAUCACAUUUAAGUUUUACAAAGCUCUAGCUCACUCUGAGGGGGCCAACUCACAAUAAAUGGGUUUGUAAGAAAGAAAAGGUUUGUAACAGAUGUUUGUAAGAAAUUAAGUUAAUAGAACCAAUAAGUAAUAUUGAAUCCACAUA